GAACGCCCGCCUGUUGAAGAACGGGACCCAAAAAAUGGUGAAAAUUUUCCGGUAACUUGAUCGCCCGAAUUCGAUCCCGGAUCCCCACAGCGAUCCGCCGACCGCUGUGGGGAAAAUCCAUCCAUCGGGAAAUUUGGAUUCGAGUUCAGACCUCAUUUUCACGAAUUUAUCAUAAUGCUUAAUAGAACUUAAAUUGGAUUAAUUUUAUAUUAAGUAAAUGAAAAUGGCGUAGAGGGGUGUUCGAUGUCGAUGAAAGUCACGAAAAUUAGCGAAAGAUCAAUUUAUAAUUUCGAUGUUGCACAGAUUUCAUUACAUUUUAUCAUCAUUAUUAUUUUUAAAACUAUAAAUAUGGUAAAAAAGACGAUAAAAAUUUCGUUUAAAUAAUAAAUUUUAUCGUCUGGUUUUCAUUAUUUCUGUCCACGUAAAGUGUUGCCACGUGUCCAGCAAGGAAAGUAAUUUUAAAAUGCGUGAAAACUUCGAGAAUAAUUUGUUCAUCUUAGAUCCAAUCACUGAAAAACUCUCUAUGGUAAGAAAAUAAUUACACUAAUAAUCUGAAAGGAUAAAUUUCAAAAUUUAUUGGUUGAAAGAAAUGUCCGAAUCCGACAGUGACGUCGAAUUUGAAAGUGCUGAUGAAGGCGAAGAGUCGGAAUUAAAGAAAGAUUCAAAUAAAAGUUCGGUAAAAAAAGAAUAUGACUCUGAAAGGUUGCAGCUGUCUGCAGGGUGUGAAAAAGAUACUAAUAUUGCUAAUAUCAAAGAAGAAGACUUGGUACUUACUGAAAAUAAUAUAAAUAAAAAUAAAACAACUGAAGAAACUGUUAAAAGUGAUGUAAAUCCAUUAAAUAUAGAAUUGAGAGAUGAAAAUGUUACGCAUGACCUCAACAAAAAGUUUUCUACAGAAAGAAAUGUCAAGAAUGAGAACUUAGAAAAUGCAGAAGAGAUGACAAAAAAUAGUUUGCGAGAUUUAGAAAACGAGCAUUCUAAAUGCAACCGGUCUGAAGAAAAAUCUGCUUUGUUUCAAAAUGUCGAAACAAAACCGAGUCGAGUUAAAUUAAGAUUUGAAGAACGACUGGAAAAAAACCAGAAAAAAGCUGCCAAGUCUCCAGACCAUCGGGAAAAAGAAGUGGAAGUCUUAAAAAAAUUGGAAAAUUUGACUGUGCAGAAAGAAAAUAAUUCCGGAUGGGGUUGGGGAGGUUGGAAGUCGUCCAUACUUUCUACGGCCGCUUCUUCCGUAUCUGUCUUUACGUCUCAAGUCAGUCAAGGACUGGGCACAGUCUUAGAGACGGUUGAGGCGACCUUGGGCGCUCCUCCCCCUGAAGAACUCGCUGCUUCUAUAGACUCUAAAACAGAAAAAGAAAAUGACCAAGAGAAAGAAAGGAAAAUGGAACAAGGUUCGUCGGGACUGUUUGAAGGCGUGUCGUCUUUGACCAAGGUCAUCGAAAACACCGGUUCGAAAGUGAUAAUGGGCGGCCUGGACACCUUGGAAUUGAUCGGUAAAAAAACCAUCGACAUCCUGACAGAGGGCGAUCCCGGAUUUAGAAAGAAGAGGUCUUAUUUUUCUGGCAGUAGUCUUUCUGAAGUUUUAAAAGAAGCAAAGGAGAAGGAAGUCUCUUACGAUCCUUUGUCUGAAAAAGACGACGAAAAAAGCAUUAAUUAUUCAGUACUUUUUGAUAAUUUCCAAGGAAUAGCUUAUUUAGAAGCUUUAGAAUUACUGUCCAGACAAAACAAAAGCAGAGUUCAAGAGUUCUUAAUUUCUGAAUCGGACAGACGGAAAACUAGAGAAGAAUUCGAGGAGUGCAGGCUUAUCUGUGAAGAUUUGCUUUCUGUUGACGAUGCAUUAGACGAGGAUGACGAUCACGAAUUUGUCCGACUCGUCGAGGAACGCAUUGAUAACAUUAAAUUGGAUGUAAAUAUUACAGGUUUUCUAGAGGUUCAAAAAAGAAUUCGUGACUGGCUGGAAGAAUGCAAAAAAGAACAAGAAAAAACAACUUCAAAAGAACCAAAGGAAAUAUAUGCAGAGGCAAUGAAGUCCUUGGCCGAAUUUACGGCCAGAUCCGUCGAACUUUACAAAAGGAUUGCGGAGUUGCUGCUGAUAAGAAAUGCGGACGUCGUCUCUUCCACUGUCUAUGCCAAAGAAUUAACAGAGAUGUCCAAAGUACUCUGUUUAGAAGUAAGAAUUGUAGCAAACCAUUUUAGUCAAUGUCUGAACACAGCAGCCGACGAUUCUCCCGAUCCCGAUUCGGUGACCCCACUUAUUACGAGUAUUUAUUUAGAGGCAUCGAACAGUUCGACUUACAUUCAGGAUGCUUUCCAGUUGUUGAUUCCAACGUUUCAAGUGAUGGCCAUCAAACAAAGUGAAUAAAUGUUGUAAUUUAAAAUUAUUUUUUGAUGAUAAAAUUUUUGUUAAAAUACUGC